AUGGCACUUGUUAGAGCUCAAGAAGACUCCUCUGCAGAUACUUUUGGUUGCCGUUAUCAUGUGUUCUUGAGUUUCAGAGGUGAAGACACUCGCAAAACUUUUACUGACCACAUCUAUACGGCCUUUGUCGACGCAGGGCUUCAAACUUUCCGAGACGACGAUGAACUUGAGAGAGGGGAAGAUAUCAAGCCAGAGCUGGAGAAAGCAAUCCAACACUCACGAAGUUCUGUCAUUGUGUUUUCGAAAGAUUACGCGUCUUCCAAAUGGUGCCUUGACGAGCUUGUGAUGAUCCUACAACGCAAGAGGACAUCUGAUCAUGUAGUUUUACCAGUCUUCUACGACAUCGAUCCAUCUGAGGUGAGGAAGCAGACUGGAAGCUUUGCAAAAGCAUUUGCUGGACACCAAAAAAAUGGAUCUUUGAAAAAGGACAAGGUGAAUGGAUGGAGGGCAGCACUUGCAGAAGUUGCAGAUCUUGCAGGCAUGGUCUUACAAAAUGAAUGUGAUGGACUUUAUAAUUUGAUUUCCCCAUUUAUUUUCAUUUGGAUUGCAACGGGCAAUAAACAUUACACUCAAAAACAUUACACGCAAACAGGUGCUUCACUGGGCAAUAAAGACUUAGCUAUUUUCUUCUUGGAGAAGGACAUGCGCCCUGGCACAACAAUGAAGUUCCAAUUCCCUAGAAAUUUAAACACGGCUACUUUCCUGCCACGAGAAAGCGCUCAAUCGAUCCCCUUCUCCUCUAAGAAACUACCAGAAAUUUUCAACCAUUUUUCAGUGAAGCCAACAUCUGAGGAAGCCAAAACAAUUAAUCAAACAAUCGAAGAGUGUGAAGCUCCAGGCCUCAAGGGAGAGGAAAUAUAUUGCGCCACAUCUUUAGAAUCAAUGGUUGAUUUUAGCACUUCGAAGCUUGGAACAAGAAACGUUGAAGCAAUCUCGACGGAGGUAUUGGAAAAAGGAGCCACCAUGUCCAUGCACAACUAUACCACAAUGCCGGGACUGAAGAAGUUGGCAGGUGACAAAGUCGUUGUGUGUCAUAAGGAGAACUAUCCCUAUGCUGUGUAUUUCUGCCAUGCAAUAAAACAAACAGCAGCUUAUGUUCUCUCCCUGAAAGGCGAUGAUGGGGAGAAGGUUAAAGCAGUAACCAUCUGCCAUCUAGACACAUCAGAAUGGGACCCAGAGCAUUUGUCCUUCCAAAUCGUUAAGCCCGGAACCAUUCCCAUCUGCCAUUUCAUUUACACUGAUGCUAUUGCCUGGGUUCCGAACCACAAAUAAUCUGCAUGAUCAUCACUUAGCACUGUACCUAUAAUAAGCUUGGUCGGGUUGCACCCCUGUAUAAUUAUUUCCCUACUUAUUUCUGCCUCUUCAUCAUGUGGUGUAAGAUAUAUGAUGAGAUGAAGUUUUUGAGAUUAGUGGUCGGGUUGCCUGAAAAACACAGAUUAUAGAAACGGCUUGAAAUUAACCCGAUCAUGUUUUCUCUUAUAGACUUCAACUUGUACUCAUAAUAAAGCAUGCUGUUGUGGUUCUACUUAAUUUCGUUCUCCCCAAUGUUUGAGUGUUGAAUUGUUACGUUGGAAAACAACAUAUUUAGAGAA